AAAGAUAGACAAGCAAGAGGAGGGCAAGAUAUCAGGGGAGGAAUGGGGAAAAGGAGAGAGAUUUAAGAAACUGUUGCUGCUGUGGCCUUUCGACACUGAGUGGACUGUAAACUAGCAUGAACGAAGGAGGGCGUGUAAAAACAAACAAACAAACAAACAACAGUAACAAAAAAAGAAACAAUUUGGAAUAAAAUCAAAAGAAGAGAGAAACCUGGUGGUGUUACCUCUGUUGAACCAGUGUUAUUUGACGGUGCUUGAUGGCUGUUACGCAGGCUGUGCUCCCUUCCUUCAGCUCCUUCUCCAACCACGCUCCCUCCACUGACAACAUGAAAGUGUGGAAGUCUGAGAGUGGCGCCCUCCCUCUGGACUCUCUCAGCAGCAGACUGUCACCAAGCAGCUCUGAACAGCUACAGGUCUCACAACACAUGACCCAAGAAGUCCUGGACACUGACAGCCAGGGUUCCUGGGACAUUGAGCUCCUACUGUCUGACUGGAAUAGCCCGUCCCCUGAGCCCAGUCCUUCUCUGAGCACACACAGUGGCCAUCUGCUCCCAGAGAUCAACCCCAACAGGUCGUACCAAGACAUGUUCAAGGACAAAACAGGACCAAACAGUCUGCACAUGAAAGGCAGCAGCCUCGUGUCUGAGCUCAUGUCCACAGAUGAAACUGCAGCAUUGGUCCAGCCAGAGCUGUAUCACCAUGGUUACAAUGACAACCAGCCAGCUCGGACAUUUCCCAGCGCUCUCUGUGCCGAUCAAUAUGGCUUCCACCAAGAAAGCAGUGUGGAGAGGCACAGUAGAGCUACCCUCAGUAAGGUCACAUCAUGGGACUUCAGUCCAUAUUAUCCCCAGCAGCAGCCUUCCAUGGUGACCUUCCCCGAAGGAAGGUUCAUUUCACCUCAAACCAUGACCCCUGACCCCCGACACUACACCUACAUCUCUCACUUCAGCCACAACAAUAACCACUUCUGUGACUACACCCACACCCAGGCAGCUGCUCAUCUGCCCCUUCACCAGCAGCCUCUGCUGGUCACAUCGCAGCUGCCACCAGGAGGGGUGGAGGGGAAGCGAGGCCGGAGGGCUGCUGGGAAAAAACGGCCAGCCAUCCACAGCUGCGAAUACCCCGGCUGCACGAAGACCUACACCAAGAGCUCACACCUCAAGGCUCACCUCAGGACUCACACAGGUGAAAAGCCGUACCACUGUUCAUGGGAGGGCUGCAGCUGGAAAUUUGCACGCUCAGACGAACUGACGCGUCACUACCGUAAACACACAGGCCAGAAACCUUAUGAGUGUCUGCUGUGUCAGAGGGCCUUCUCCCGCUCAGACCACCUGGCUCUGCACAUGAAGAGACACACCUGAGGAUCAGAUACACACAAAAUAGAUUAAACCACAUCAAGUCAGUUACUCAUGAUAAACUCGACUACUGAACUGGUUCUAAUUCCGAUACAAAUCAGUGCACUAUGAAUUUGGAUGUGACACCAUAGACUGAAUAUAAAAACUGGAUGAAUACUCUGUGACAUCAGCCGAUGGUUUUUGACGUGCAAUUCUGAUGUCUUCAAGUGUGUGACAUGGCCUUCACCAUGUUGAUUUUAGGGUGAAGUUUGAGAAGCGCAAGGAACAAAAACAUCAACCACAUCAACAAACAGGCUUUAACCCAUAAAGACCCAGUGCUACUUUUGUAGUAUACUUCCCAAAUGAUUUCUUCCCUCUAUAUUUAACAUUUCUUGAGGGAUAAGUCACCAUUUAUUAUGAAAUAAUCCUCUG